CUAAAAUACUUAAAUUUUUACUCAAAUUUAAUUGGAGAUGCCUAAGCCCCUAUUCUCUCUCUCUCUCUUUCUCCCACGAGCGUGAGGAGAAGAACCAAGAACCAUCACCGUUGCGGCUGCACAGCCAUGCCACCGCUGCCUAUAGCUGUGACCACAACGACUGCCCACCACAACCCUUCCCCGACCCACCGACGCAAUCCAAUCUAGCCCCCGCAAUCGCAAUUGCCGCAGCCACUGGAGCAGUCCAACCCAACCCCAAUCGAAUCCGAUUUCUUGCAUUGCAUUGUUGUGCCGAAAGAGAGAAAUUUGGGGACUGGUCAGUGUCGCUCUACAAAUCUCCACUGCUGGAGAAUAUAUUGAAUACAGGGAAAGGAAAUUGGAGGAAAAGAUGGAUUCUUUUCCCAAACAUCCUCUGUUUUGCUUAAAAUGGCCAUGGGAUGCCCACCAGAACCCUAAAAAUCCCAAUACCUGCAACCUUGAGACUCCUUGGCUAUUCAAAUCUCUCCAAACACUUGGAUCUGUGGCUUUCAGUUUCGUGAAUUCAAUGUCAAUGUCAAAAUCCCCACAUCCGUGGAUGAAAAACCCAUUUGAACUACAUGGAAAACCCAGAAUCAGCUCAAAAAACAGUUUGAAAACAAUCAAGGUCUUGACUCCUGAAGAACAAGGAGAAGCCGAGCAGAGAGCCCUAGCCUCUGCACUAGCGAGUGGGAAAGAAGCUACAAUACUUGAGUUUUACUCACCUAAAUGCAGGCUUUGCAAUUCUUUGCUUAAUUUCGUUUUGGAAGUAGAGAAUAGGAAUUCUGACUGGCUCAAUAUUGCCAUGGCUGAUGCAGAGAACGAGAAAUGGUUGCCUGAGCUUCUCCAUUAUGACAUAAGGUAUGUACCUUGCUUUGUACUACUGGACAAAUAUGGCAGGGCAUUAGCGAAGACGGGUGUCCCAAGCAGCCGGUUACAUGUAGUCGCAGGUGUUUCUCAUCUCCUCAAAAUGAAGCGUCCCCCGAAUAGUUAAUUGUUAAAUGUCAAUUCUAUGUUUUAUGCCAACUGAAGGAAAACUUCACCCAUUUUAUGUGAGAGAAGUUAAUAAAACAGAAUGUUUUGAGUUAGUCUUUCUUGCAGUUGCUACAUUAGAACACUGAAUGCAUAACUAGUUUCAAAUGGCUGUAAAAGAUGCAUUCUUAUGUCCUACAGAGCAGUGUUUAAAUUAUAGAUCCAUGAAUUGUGAUAA